AUGGUGGUUGUUGGGAGGGCACUGCUGGGGAAUGAAGCGGCUGCAUUGGCGGUUGAAGAGGUCGGGUCAGGUGUCGGUUCGGCUGAGGAAGUGGGUGUGGUGUUGAGCAAUGAGAUUGAUGGCAAACCGGCUGUGAAAGAUGAAACGUCUGUUGACUCAGGAGAAGUAGACAACAACACGAACGAGGGCUCGGCGGUUGAUGCGUCCGAGAGGGUAGCAGUGCUCUCCGUGGUAGAGUCAGACGUCGCUGGCUGGGAGGUUACGGCAGAAGCAUCCGACACACCUGACUCCGAAGCCGUAAGGAAAAGUGUCGUCUCCGAGGGCCCAGAAGUCGCAACAAAUGAAGCAGCCUGCGAGGUACUGUCCAAAGGGAGCGUCUCGUGUAUGCUAGAAAGUGACAAGGCACCUGUCUUUGUGGUUGAUGGCGAGAACGAGAGACCAAAGCUCGUGGUCUCUGCCAGCUCGGAGACAGAUGUGUCGGCAGUAGCUGCCGAGGCAGGGGAGUCGACAGUGCUGACUCCAGAUGUAACGGCAUCUGUGAAGGUACUGUCGGAGGCCAAAGAGGAGGGAGUUCCUGUUGAACCAGAAGGCUCAAAAUCCGUUGUCGAAGCCGCCGCCGCCACGUCUAUCGAAGCCGGGGCAGAGCCCGUUCAUGCUUCCGCUACCGAGCUCACGGUAUCUAACUCUAUCGCUGAAGCCGAUGAAAUAGGUCCAGUCAGAGUCUAA